AUGGCUGUACAUAUAACACUAAUUAUGGCUUUAACAUAUCGUAAACGCUGCCACUUAGAGUUACUGUACCUGAUCCUUAUUGAGCUUGACACCGUAGUUCGAUGUCCAUUUAUGCUCUUUUGGGCUGCAGCUUAUAUUGUCAGGGUGGAAGAGAUUAAAGGGGUAUAUAAACUAAGGGUUAGGGUUUCACUUUCAGUUCGCUACUACUUCCCUUUCUUUCGUUUUUUUCUUGUCUCCGACUCUCCUCUCUCUGAGAAGGAGAAGAACUUCUUUUCUGUUAACAGUUGUUGCUCAAAUCUUCGUUUCUUCAUCAAGGUUGUUGCUUUCUUCAUCAAGGUUGUUUCAAUCUUCAUCAGAGGUAGAACUGUAGAAGACCUUCAAGUGGAUUUAUCUUCAGGGAAUCAGAAAUUCUAUAUUGUAUAUUUGGGUGAUUCACCAGUUUUUAAGGAUUCCAUUGUUGAUUCACAUAUCAAUCUUCUGCCAGAUGUUGUUGGAAGCGAGCUUGCUGCAAAGGAUUCGAUCGUACACAGUUACGUCAAUAACUUUAAUGCAUUCGCCGCAAAGUUAUCACCUGACGAAGCUAAGCAACUAGAAAGUUCGAGAGGUGUUGUUUCGGUGUUUCCUAAUCAACAAAGAAAACUUCAUACAACAAAAACAUGGGAUUUCUUGGGAUUUCCUCAAAAUGUUAAAAGAAAAGCGAAACUGGAGAGCAACUUAGUUGCGGGCUUAAUAGAUACAGGGAUUACACCGGUAUCUGAGAGCUUUAAUGACAAAGGGUUUGGUCCUCCACCAGCUAAAUGGAAGGGAUCUUGCGGCCCUUAUGCCAAUUUUUCUUACAACAACGUUACUUGGUCUUAUCAACACUUAUGACACCACAAGUGCUGCUGACAUGGAUUAGAAGAUCAAAAUUCAAGACUACUGCAGCAUUAGCUGCACUGCUAGUUGUUCUUUUUUCAGAUUUUCUCAUUUUCAAGACUUAGUGUGUGUGUCUGUGGCUACUGCUACUUUUUUUUUUCCAUAUUUUCAAGACAUUGUUUGUUUGGUUUGUUAGUAAUAUUGCUACUUAUUAGUUGCUGCUUUGAAUGAGAUUUUUUUAUAUAGA